AUGGCUACGAAUACCGAUGUUUAUGACAAUCUUUAUUUAUACAUGACAGCAGAUAAAUUUUAUAUCGAACCAAUUAGAACAAAAGUUUUACUUGUAAUUGAUCGAACAAGUCACCAAAUUCAUGUACAAGUCGCGAAUCCCAGUCAAAUUCCACAGACUGCAAGUAGACGUAAAAUAUGGGGGAUUGUAGGAAUUAUUCGACUAUUAGCAUGUCCUUAUUUAAUUGUUAUAGAUGAUGCGCAAAAAAUUGGAACUAUAGCUAAUCAAGAUAUUUUCAAAAUAGUUUCAACACAUAUGAUCCCAUAUACAAGAUCCAUGUUACAUUUGGAUGAGAAACAAAUUCGUAACAAUACUACUUAUUUAGAAAUGGUAAAAUCUAUUCUCAAUACACAGCACUUUUAUUUUAGUUACACGUAUGACUUAAGUCAUACGAUGCAAAGACUUCAUAAUACAACUCCAGAAUUUGUUCAAAUGCCUUUACAUGAUCGAGCAGAUUCAAGGUUUAUUUGGAAUUCGCAUUUACUUCAAGAUCUUGUGGCAAGACCAGAACAUCAUAAAUUUUGCCUUCCAAUUAUAAUGGGUUUCGUUUCAUUGAACACAAUUGUUGUUAAUGGUAUUCCAUUUAAUUGGGGUAUCAUUUCUAGACGCUCGAUACAUCGAGCUGGAACAAGAUUAUUUUCUCGUGGCAUAGAUAGUAAUGGAAAUGUUUCAAAUUUUGUUGAAACUGAACAAAUAAUAGAAGCCAAUGGGAGUAGAAGUUCAUUUGUUCAAAUUCGCGGAUCUAUUCCAUUAUUUUGGCAGCAAGCUCCAAACUUGAAGUUUAAGCCAAAACCGCAAUUAAUUCCUAAUGAAAAUCAUUUAAUAGCUUCCGCUAGACAUUUUGAAAAUCAAAUAUUCCAUUAUGGCAAGCAAAUUUUAGUGAAUUUGAUCGAUCAGACAGGAACAGAAGCAAUACUAGAGAAAUGUUAUCGAGAUACAGUGCAGGACAUGCAUAACCAAAACAUAAGAUACGAAGCUUUUGAUUUUCAUGCUGAAUGUCGCAAAAUGCAAUGGGAUCGAUUAGAUAUUCUAAUGGCUCGUCUCACCCACGAUCGAGAACAAAUGGCAUACUUUUUACUAACAAGAGACGGAGUAUUAAUGUCUGUUCAAGAUGGAAUUUUUAGAACAAAUUGCAUUGACUGUUUAGAUAGGACGAAUGUAGUACAAAGUAUGUUAGCCAAAAGAGUACUUUCAGAUGCUCUAUCUAAAUUAGAAAUUUUACGAAACAUAGACGAGCAUCCUUCUCUCGAAUUUUUAUUUAAGCAGGUGUGGGCUGAUAACGCUGAUAUAAUAAGUACUCAAUAUUCUGGAACAAGUGCAUUAAAAACAGACUUUACAAGAUUAGGAAAGCGUACAAAGAUUGGAGCUUUGAAAGAUGGUAUAAAUUCUUUAAUGAGGUAUUAUAAAAAUAAUUUUGCCGAUGGUUUUCGAAAUGAUUCUAUAAAUUUAUUUUUGGGACGAUAUAUAGUACAAGAUGGCGAGUGUUUGACAGUUUCGUGUCCAUUGGAGUCUGAAAAAAAUUGGCGCUACGCAACAUUUCCAUUGGUACUCAUUGUAGCAUGGGCAAUGUUGAUUGCUCAUAUGAUCUUGCCAUCGAGAUAUACCACAGAAAUUUUGUUAUACAUGCUUUUCUGGGGAGCGAUGGUGGCUGGCACUUUUGCAACAAUUAUUCACCAUGGCAAACAAUAUGUUGACAAACCCAAGCUUUUAUAAGUGAUAAAUUUAAUAUUACCUCCACAUAUUAAAUAUAUAUUUUAUUUAAAUACUCUAAGAGAAGCUAUUCUUACUAUUGUAAAAAGAAGUAUAAGUCAAUUUUGAUUAAUAGUAUUAUAUCAAAAUUUUAACCAAUUAUAGUCAUUAUAUAUUACAAUUU